AUGUCCAACUUUGAACAUGGGUCAACUAGAGGAGCUGAUGAAGGAAGCAGCAGCAGCUAUGCACCUGCUGCAAUUACCACGGACCACACGUUGGAAGUUGUGACUGAUGGUAGCAUGGAACCUGAAAGAACUAAGCUAUCUGAACGUCGAAUGGAAAAAGUUCCAUUGAUAAUGCGACAAGAUGAAAAGAAAAAGGGAUACUUUGAUCCUAAGGUGGUUUCAAUCGGUCCAUACCAUCAUGGAAAGGAAGAGCUCCAGAUUGUAGAGAGGGUCAAGCCUAUUGUAGCGCAAUUGUAUAUUAAGCAUAGCGGAAGGGACAUGGAUGAAUUUCGUAGGAAUAUUCGCGAGAUGGUUGAUGUUGCUAGAAGCUACUACCUUGAAGGAUCAACAGAAAAAUAUUCCGACGAGGAAUUUGCUGAGAUUAUGCUCCUCGACGGUUUGUUUGUUUUAGCUAUUUUUGAGAGCUUCAUUGUUGAAACAUUUAGAAAAGAACUACUCAAACGCUUGGGCAUCUAUGAUUUAUUCUUUCUGGUAGCUGAUAUAACCUAUUUGCUUGAGAAUCAACUCCCAUUUCAGGUUCUCGAGUUGCUGAUGAGCUUAAAGUCCAAAGACAACAAUUUUGCCGAACUUUUGGACGAAAUAUGGGAGAUUAAUUGCGAGUUUACCAUGUCAAAUAAACAAGAUAAGAAUGAACUCAGAAGGAAUUUCAGAAACGUUUUGGGCAGAAAAGGAAUUGAUGGAAAGCAACUGCUUCAUUACCCUGAAUAUGUUUGGUUUCAGCGAAACAAAGAUUGGCGCCAAUCCCAUAUUCAUGUUUCUGGAACCUUACAUGUUGAUUCUUUCUGGGACUUAUUUUACUCCUUCCGAUCUAUUAGUGAGCUCAAAGCUAAGGGAAUCCAAGCUAGGCGUGGCAAUACCUAUAACCGAAGGGAUAUUAAGUUCAGAUCUUCCUUCUUCUUCUUCGCAGUGCUCGAAAUUCCUCCUUUUUUGCUGAAUCCCCAUUUCAUUGUACAUAAUUCAAACCAGAUUGCGUACGAGUUGACACCAAACAAUCCUACCAACCAACCCACAAUGGCUUACAUAAAUUUCCUGAAAUCUCUUAUUAAUAGCGCAAAAGAUGUGAAAGAGUUAACGUUGCGCGCAAAUAAUAUACUACUCAGCCCCUGCACAAGUGAUGAAGAAGUGGUCAACAUGAUCAACAGCAUCCCCACAAUCGUUGUGGAGGACUUCACAAAUAUAUGCGAAGGUGAAGCAAAGCAUUCAAAAUCACUGUGA